CAAUAGGCAGAAGCAGGUAACGGUGAGUCCACAAUGCAGGUUCAGGAAGCAGGUAAAUACCUGGAGUUAUUCUAGUCAAAUCCAAGGCUCAAAGUUCCCAAACUUCCCAAGAAGGCAGUGAUAGGGGCCACAACCCAGGGCUUCUCUUUCAAGCUACCAAAAAUUCUGCAGGAAAAAGCAGCCUCAAGAAAAAGACUGAACCACAAUGACAACUGCUCGAUUUGAUUGUCAAUACUGCACAGCAUCACUUCUUGGGAAGAAGUAUGUACUAAAGAAUGACAAUCCAUAUUGUGUUUCAUGUUACGAUCGUAUCUUUUCUAACUAUUGUGAGGAGUGCAAAGAACCAAUCGAGUCAGAUUCCAAGGAUCUUUGUUACAAAGGCCGACACUGGCACGAAGGAUGCUUCAACUGUGCCAAAUGCAAUCACUCUUUGGUGGAAAAGCCUUUUGCUGCCAAGGAUGAGCGCCUGCUGUGCUCGGAGUGCUAUUCUAAUGAGUGCUCCUCCAAGUGCUUCCACUGCAAGAAGACCAUCAUGCCUGGUUCCCGCAAAAUGGAAUUUAAGGGAAACUACUGGCAUGAAACCUGCUUUGUGUGUGAGCAUUGCCGACAGCCAAUAGGAACUAAACCUUUGAUUUCAAAAGAUAAUGGCAAUUAUUGUGUGCCAUGUUUUGAGAAGGAGUUUGCGCACUACUGCAGCUUUUGUAAGAAGGUGAUAACUUCAGGUGGGAUAACGUUUCAUGACCAGCCAUGGCAUAAAGAGUGUUUUCUGUGCAGUGGCUGUAGAAAAGAGCUGUGUGAAGAGGAGUUUAUGUCCAGAGAUGAUUACCCAUUCUGUUUGGACUGCUACAACCACCUUUAUGCCAAAAAGUGUGCAGCCUGCAACAAACCCAUCACUGGUCUCAGAGGUGCCAAGUUUAUCUGCUUUCAAGACCGCCAGUGGCACAGCGAAUGCUUUAACUGUGGGAAGUGCUCAGUCUCCUUGGUGGGGGAAGGCUUCCUGACCCAGAACAAGGAAAUCUUCUGCCGCAAGUGUGGUUCUGGAUUGGACACCGACAUCUAGAGGAAGACGAUCUUUCCUCACCUGAAAUCCACUCUGGUUUUGUUCACACUAAAUCCAGAACUUGCUUGAAGUAGUGUUUCUGAAAUAAGUUUUAGCAAAUAUUAAUGUAGAGUUUAUAGCAGAAGGAUUUUUGCACACAUUCUGAUUCAACUGUAUCAUAAGAGCUCAGAAAAAGCACAGUCUAAAAGAAUUGAGUGUAUCCUAACUCACAAGGCAUCUCUCCUUGCAAAAUACUGCACUCUGCUGUUAAAAACAUAGGAAAAUAUCGCUUUAGUCUAAUCAAACAUAUAACCUAUACCUAGAAGUCAUGGAUGUUAUUACCAAAGACUGAUGUUUUUCAAAACUGCACAGAAGAAAAGGAAAGUAAGGGACUAAAUUGACAGUCACAUGUGAAGCUAGUUUGCAUUCCUCGCUAGGUAGUUAUAUAUAAUGAGAUAGACUAGCUAUUUGUGGUAGAAGAACAAAAUGGGUCAGGGAAAACUGAUUAGUAAUCACCCUAUUCGAGAAUUCUGUCAUUUUAUCAUUCUUUUAUUCACACAUACUGCCUUUGGAGUUGCAAAAGAAACCUGCAAUUUGCCCUCAUCCGCACUGCUUCCACAGCUGGUUGGUUCCAUGUUUAACAAAUGGAAAUGAGAAUUUGGACAUCAUGGCUCUCCUACUCUGCGUGGGUAUAAAGGGGUCCUCUCUAUCUAGAGAUAGUCAAAGCACAGGUUUCAACACGUUGUAUCAAAUGCAUUUUCAAAGCGCACAAUGGUUUUUCUAAAUACUUACAGAUUCCAUGAAAGAGAAGUCUAUUCUUUCAAAUGAGCUAACCAGGAUAAUCAUUGUCCCCAAAGGCAAACCUUUAAAGUAAAUAGAUCAUUAAGUCAUCACUUGUGGAAAUGAGUUUUAGGGAAGGGAUUGAGCGUUGGAACAUGACUUUCAUCCAGAUAUCUAAAAGCAUAAUAGAAUGCAUAAUUAGCUCUGAGCUUCAUGAAUUUGCCUUCUAAAAUUACAUAGAUGAUUAAUGGGAAGACAAAAAAGUGGGCUUUCACAAACUCUAGUAAUAAUAAGAACUGAAAAAGAAUAAUUCACUGCUGAUAAUUCAGGACCUGCAAAGCAGUACAAUAGAGCAAUGUGGGCUAUAGAUGAGCCCUCCCCACUGUGUGUCCAUACCUGUGCCAUCCACUGCACCCUAUGCCAACCAUGUCCCGAGAGUUCCAAUCACCUGUGUGGCCCAGAGGUACAUUCCCAACCUUAAGCAGCCAUUCUAUAAAUAAUUCAGUGUUUAUUGGUCACAAGAGAAGUAACAGCCUUAGUGAAAAUUCUAUCACCAUAUAUCCAUAGCUUUCUACCAGACGUCAACUGAUGAUGGCCAUACCAAGCUGUUCCUGGGCAAUAUUUUCCACAUAAUGAGGGACAAAUGGAAAGCAACCUCUUUUCUCCAUGGUCAAUUGUCGUCCUUGUUAUAUAUGUGUCACUUAGCUGGGGUAGGGGAAGGUCAGGAGAAGAAACCUACACAAACAUAACAUUUUCAUAAGUGUCAACUCUCAGAUCACCGCAUAGCAUUAAAGGUUCUGAUUGAAAUUUAAUUAUAUGAUGUAGCUGAUUACAAUAACUAAAAUAGUAUCACAGAAGAUGCAAUUAAAAUUGUUAUGGAAACAAUUUUUGAAAUAGUUCAAAAUGCAAGGACGUUUGAGGAUGUUAACAAUUUAGAGCUGCUAAUAAGAGGUCAGGCUACAAAGGCUCUUUGAAAGAUAAUUGUCUUUUCUUUUCUUUUUUUUUUUUUGCAGUAACAAUACCAAGAUAAUUUCUCACAUUCACAGUAUAAAAAGUAGGUAAAGCUAUCAAUAUUUUUGCUGCAUUGUUUGAAACUGCACAUAUAGAACUAAAUACACCAAUUGUUCCAUGAUCUAGAACAUAUAUUUAGAAAACCAAGCCCUUCUAGGCCUGGAUAAAUAUACAAAAUGUAACAUUGUCUCUGUUAACCAAUUAUAGAAAAACAUGCAAAAUCUAAUGUUUUCUGAAACAAUUAGUACUGUUUAAGCAUUUUCCCUCAUGUGGGGAGUGAGUAGGCACAUGAUCAGGCUUGCAGCCUAUCUGUUUUGUUAAAAUUCAUAGAAUCAUUUCUGGGAUAGAGAUUCUGUUAUGCUUUGAUAUGUAUACUUAAGUAUAUAUAUUUUCACAUGUAAAUAAUUCCAUAUUUAGAAAAUAGUUUAGUUAUCAGAUAUGUAUUAAACAUGUACUGUUCAUAGAGUUAGAAUUCAGACUGUUGUGGUUCUGGGGUGGUGGGAGGGUAGAUCAGGGUAUGGAAAUGCGACAUUGCCAGAUAUAAAGCUCUUCCCUAUAGCUGAUCAACAGUGUCACUGUGGACGUAAGAUGCAUACGCAAAACAAUUAAGAAAGAAGAUCUCAUUAGACUGCCAUACAUACAAAGAUGAAAGUAAAAAUCUUACACUGUGUACUAUAAUUGGUUUCAGGUCAGUAAAGAGAAAAGCUCUCUGACCUAUCCAAAGAUGGACUAGACUGCCUCAGGAAGCAGUGGGCACCCAGUGAUUCAGGGAGUGACAUCUGCACAGGCAGAGAAGCAGUUAGAAGCCAAUCCUGUGUGCUAAUAACAACCAGAUGGCUUGGAAGUAUCAGAGAGACUGUGCCAAAGAGCAAGAAGAAAUGAGAUAGCUAAAAGAGAAAAAGGUCAGAUGAAGACAGAAUAUUAACUCUUAGGAUAAAAGCUUUAUAUUUGAUACAGCAAACACUAGAAAGUUACUAACUGCUCUUAAAUAAAGGAGAAAAGCAUGGUGACAGUGUUUGAGGAGCAUUAUGCUAAUGAUUCUGUAUGGCCUAGAACCGAAGAGGGCAAGAUUUCAAAGGCUACAUCUCUUAACGCAGUAGCACAUUUGGUGAGUGGCUACAGAAAAGAGAGAAGAAGCAAUGGGUAAUGCAAGCCAAGAGAUGAGAAUACAAGUAACAAAUCAAUGUAUUUUAUGUUAUCAUGUUAGUAUUAAAUAUGACAAAGAAAAAUGUAGAAAAGAAUUUCUGUUUCCAUAAUAACAGGUAGAGUGCCCAAGGCUUCAGUUUUCCCUUAACGAGAUCACAAACAUGUUAUAUUAGAACAAUCUAGGUUCAUUGGUUAAGCCAAGUAUGACAGGGUACCAUCAUGGAUUCAAAACUUACACAGUCACUAUAACUAUUUAAAAAAUUGAGAAAAAAAAAAAACAAGAAACAUUAAGUUGUUCAUCGGAA